AUGUCUGUUUCCUCACCAUUGGCAAAGUGGGAAGCUUGUUUGGUGGGUUACUUCUUAGGCAGGAGUCUUCUAUUUAACUUCAUCAAAAAUAAUGCUUUUAAUACGUGGAAGAAACUGGGUCUCUUGGACGUGCUAGUAAAUGAUGAGGGUUUUAUUUUCUUUAUUUUUGAAAAACAGGAUAGUUGUAUUAGAGUCAUCGAAGGGGGUCCAUGGUAUAUUGGAGGUAUCCUUCUGAUUUUGAAGAAAUGGCAUCGUAUGAUGAAGUUGACAAAAGAGAAGCAAGGGACAAUUCCAAUUUGGGUUAAGUUUUAUAAUAUUCCAAUGGAAUUUUGGGAUAGUGAAGGCCUCAGCAGAAUUGUGAGUGCAAUCGGUGUUCCUCUUUUCAUGGAUAACCUCACAUCUUCUGGUAAUCGAAUUUCCUUUGCUAGAGUUUGUGUUGAAAUCAAAGCCAGUUCUUUGCUACUUGACGAUUUUCAGAUUAAAUGUGAAGGGGAAACUGUGACUAUUCGAGUUGAAUAUCAAGGGGUCCCAGUUAAAUGUGAGCAUUGUGGUGUUUUUGGUCAUGAAACAAAAGUGUGUUUUUCCGCCCAGGUGUUUAAGCUCAUAUCUCUACAAAAAGCUUCUGAGCAGAACCCUAAGGAUGAGGAAGGUUGGAGUCAAGUAAAGGACAAAGGGAAAAGAAAGGUGGGGGAAGUAGCUCCAGAUCCUCUGUCUACAUCUUCUGAUUCAGUUAGUGCAAAUAUGGCAGAGGUGGGCACAGAGCAGUUUGAUACUGGUGGUGAGGAAGUACAAGAUACAACCAAUUCAACACUAGAGAAGAAUAACAAGUCUGCGAAGUCAGUUGUGGAAGUUGUGAAGGUCCAUCAUUCCUCUGGUAAAGGCUCGAGUAGCCAGAGGAGAAAGAAAAGAAGUUUUAAUGAUUCCUCUAAGCACAAAGAAGUUUUUGAUCUUAUGUAUAAAGAAAAUUUUAAAAUCAUGGGACUUGUGGAAGCUAAAGUGAAAAAAGAGAAUGAAGCUAAAAUUUUUGAGCUUGGCUUUAAACGCUGGAAAUUUUUGACAAAUUCACAAUCAGAUUGUAGGGCUAGAAUUUGGAAGAAUAUAGUUUUUUUUGCUGUGUUUGUUUAUGCUAAGAAUGAACACAUUUUGAGAUUGCCUUUGUUCCAUGACAUUACAUGUAUUCUGAAGAGUUAUGCUAGUGUUCCACAGAACUCUUCUGCCUAUUUUCUCUCUUCUGGUAUUUCUGACCAUUCCCCUGUUAUUGUCACUAUUGAUCUUAAGGAAGCUAAAUCCAAGAAGCCUUUCAAAUUCGUUGAUUUCUGGGCUUCUCACCCUGAGUUUAUCCCCAUUGUCAAUGAUUUGGACAAAGACCCUCUUAAUCAGAACCUCCAAGAGGAAGAGAGAAUUGCUUAUUCCAAGUAUGUUGAUCUGAGUAGGGUCGAGGAGAGUCUAGCUUAUCAGAAAUCUAGGGUUCAAUGGUUGGGUUUGGGCGACAGAAACUCUAAAUUCUUUUUUAGGACCAUCAAGUGUAAUGUUAAUCGUGGGAGAAUUAAUAGUGUGGUCUUGAACAAUGGUGAUCGUGUUACUAACGGUGAUGAUGUCUGUCUCACCUUUGUUAACUAUUUCUCUAACCUUUUUGGUAAACCUUUUGAUGACGAUUAUUGUGGCUUUGAUAGGAUUGACUCCCUUGUCAAAAAUAGAGUGUCGUCGAACCAUUCAAACUUCCUAGUUAGGGAAGUCACCGAUAAGGAAAUCCAUGAUGUGUUGUGGUCUACGCACUCUAAUAAAGCCCCUGGCCUUGACGGUUAUUCUGAGCUUAAUAGCACCACUAUUGCUCUUAUCCCUAAAAUUUCGAAUGCGAAUAGAGUUGGGGAUUUAAGACCUAUAUCCUGUUGCAAUACGGUGUAUAAAUGUAUAUCCAAAAUUAUUGCUAACAGGCUUAAGUCUGUCCUCCCUGAUUUGGUUGACCCUGUUCAGUCUGCAUUUGUUCAGGGGAGGAGAAUUUCUGAUAACAUUUUCAUAUCCCAAGAAUUGAUGAGAGGGUAUCAUAAAAAAUCUCCUUCCCCUAAGUGUACUAUGAAAGUUGAUAUUAUAAAGGCCUAUGACAAUGUUAGAUGGGAUAUGGUAUUUUCAAGGGGCGAGGGGGCUAAGCAAGGUGAUCCUUUAUCCCCCUACCUUUUUGUUCUUGUUAUGGAGAUUCUUGCUCGUAUUCUGGCUGAAAAAUCUGAUAACCCAUCUUUUAAAUUUCAUUGGAGAUGUAAGAAAUCUAAAAUUGUUAACUUGUGCUUUGCGGACGACCUUACGAUCUUCUGUAAAGGAGAUAUGCACUCUGUUAGCCUCAUCAAAGAGGGGUUGGAGGAAUUUAAGGCUCUAUCUGGACUUUCACCUAGUCUACAAAAGAGUCAUAUUUUCUUUUCUAGUUGUGAUACGAAGCUGAGAGAUGAGAUUUUGGAGGAUGAUACUGCCUUGAAUUGUGCUACUAAAGUCAAUGCCAUUGUUGAUAAUUACGCCUGGAGGUGGCCUUCUGUUAAUACUUUGGAGGUCAAGGAACUGAUUGCUAGCACACCCUCCUCUUUUAGUCCUAAAGUUGGAGCUGACUCUAUUAUUUGGACUCCCUCUUCUAAUGGUUGCUUGCUGUCAACAUUUCUUGAGUGUAAUGAGGUCUCAUAUUGUGGGUUGAGUGAUGUUGCGUGUUUGUUUCAAGUCUGUUGCUGGAAAGAAGGGUUACAUAAAAUGUCUGCUGGAUGUCUUUUGCCGCUGGGAACAUUUGCAGGCAGUUUGUCCUCUGGAAUUAGGAAUCUGGCAGCAAGGGGUGAUGGCUGCUCUAAGCGCCUCAAGUGUGAAGAAAUCCUUUAA